UUUCGAUUCUUCAUUUUUAUGCCGUUUUUUCCUUUCGGUCUUGCGCGAAUGUGCUUGCGCUAUUCUAUGUGCGCGAUGUUAUCCAUUCACCGUUUGCCUCCCGGACCCGGAUGUUGUUUUAGCGAUCAGCGAACGUCGUGGUCGAUGUUCGAUUUUUUUUCCUGUGGGCGCGCGCCCCUACUGGAAAAAUCCCUGGCUACGCCUCUGUUGGAAAAUAUUAUCGCUUGGAGGCAAAGGCCCCUCAAUUGCCCUCUGCCUCUUGUCAACCAUUACGAUUACUUGUGUCCAACUUCUUCAACGCCUGUUCGUUUUUUUUCACUUUCACUUUCACACAAAUCAAACUCACACAGGGUUAGUAAAAUUUCAGCCCAUAAUAUGACGUCUGUAUAGGUAAAAUGUAUGGUUGUGCACUUUAAUCAAUGAAAUAUGAGCUUAUUGAAUUUCUCGCUAACAGAGACUCUGGAACUUGUUUUCCACAGUGGUGUGAACGUGAAAGACUUAAGUCCUCCUUUAUAGUUGUGUUUGGCGUGGCAUCUUUAGCCCGCCUCAGCCAAGUCCUGUGACCCAUUUGUGACAACAUGGCAGGAACUCCUGGACUUUGCCUCCUCGACAACAACUGUCAGACUUCUUCAGUAUAAAUAGGCAAUGCAAGCGGACACGAUCCACAAAGAGACGCACACACGACAGCAGCAGUCAUGAGGGUCUUUGUUUUGCUCGCUUUGGCUCUGGUUUCUGGCUGCAAUGGCAACUUGUUCCACGCUGAUGCGCCCAAGCCUCCUAUGGAGGCUCUGACCGACGCAUUCUGGGACUACAUCGCCAAGGCCAGCAAGACAGCCGACCACACCCUGGAGAUGGUGAUGACGUCGGAGUUUGGAGCUGAAGUCAACGCUCAGCUAGCCGAGACCGCUGACAUGGCCAGCAAGUACGCCAGCGCCCUUAAGGAGAAGCUCCCCCUGGCCGCUCAGGGCCUGGUGGCCAAGAUCGGCCACGAGGCAGACGUCUUGAAAAAGGUGCUGAGCCAGGACCUGGGCUCAGUCACCAAGAAGGUUGAGCUGUACUCAAAUGCCGUGAAGGCGCAGAUUCAGGAGAGGCUGGAUCAGCUGAGGCAGGAGCUGACAGCUUACGCCGACAACGUGGAUUCGGACCUCCUCAAGUGGCGCAGCGAGGAGCUGAUGGCCGGCCUGAUGAGCAGCAUUACCGACGCGGAGCGCAACCUCCAGCCCUUCACACAGGAACUGAUGAAUCAGGUUGACGCACACCUGGUGGCCUUCCAGCACAAGAUUAGCCCCAUGGCUGACAGGUUGCAGACAGAGCUUUACCACGGAAGCAGACAGGUGCAACGUGUGGUGGCCCCCUAUGCCGAAGACCUGAAGGAGAAACUGGACCAUUUCGCGAUAGAUCUCCAGGAACACCUCAAGGCCUUGGUUACCAGCAACUAAGUCCAACCCGGGAUUCGCUUUGAAAUGUCAUCCCAAUUGCACUCUCACUGAAAUCUAAUUUCUAUAUAUCCCUGAACUCAAUUUCUGGACAAUUAUUUAUUUUUUUGAACUUGCUGUGUGAUUAUUUUUUUAAGCAAAAUAAAUACAAUUCUC